GUGAACGAAUUGUCGACGGAUGGCGGCGUGUGAGAGGAAUGAGUGGACAUUUAAGAGGGAAUGUAGGUGGUGGAUUGGGAAUCGGGCUUGGGUGGAAUGAUGUACCGGCACCCGCACCUGUAGGGCAUGGGAGGAGAAGGAGUAUGACUACUGCGCCGGCGCCAGUACAGGCUCUGAGGAAGCAGCUACAGCCCAGGGUGCCUACUGUACCGGUAAUGGAGGGCUUAAAGGAAACGGAGGCGGAGAUGAUGCUGAGGACGGCGAGUAGUCCGCCUGCUGUUGGUGAUGGGGAGGUGGACGAGUGGGAGUGGGGAUCGACUGAGGAGGUCGCUGUUCCGAAGCGAGAGGAAGAUAUCACUCGAGAACGCGAGGAAUCGAGAAAGGAACACCACACGGGGCUAGAGGUGAAUAUUCUGGCGACGCCUGCAAAGCAGCAGCAUGUGGUGCCGCCAGGGUCUUCUUCGCUGUUUGAUCUGGGGCAAUUGGACCUGCUGGGGAGUGGUCCCGCAAGAUCGACGGCGCCUUCGAUACCGCUUUCAUUACCUGCGCCUGUAUCAGCACCAGGACCAUCACUACAGAUGAGCGCAAAAAGGCAGACACCACCGCCAUUCGCCCCUAUCUCCACGGUCGAAACACACGAGGGCAAGCAACCCCCACCCCCAGUAACCAUUCCAGCAUAUGCAUCGAAACCACCUCUAAUACCACAACCCAUCAAUUCAAUACCACAGCCGGUCCAACCAAAGUUUCAUCCGGUCAUCUCAUCAGACAUUCAAGCGCCACCCAGUACAUCCUCAGACCCGUGGGACUUUUCGAUCUUCGACAAACCUGCACCGGUUGCACCGGUAGCACCGGUAGCACCACCACCAACGGUAAAUAACACCGGGAAGAGCGCGUCUACAUCACAGUUCAGGAGUAAGACCGAGGAAGAGGAGAAUAGGAUCAUGGAGGAGGUCAUUGGGAAGUUGCCGGACAUUGUGUGGUUGCUGGAUUGAGGAAGUCGGAAUCAGGAAGGAUGAAGAGAGAUGUGUAAUGAGAGCAGGCAACGGAAGACACUGGCACCGAGAGUGGUAGGAAGGACAGGACGCUUAGUAGCCCGUUGAAGAGGCAUAGUCUACGAUAGCCCCAAUAUCCCAGCAAAAGGCUGUGCACCCAU